UUGAAACACAGUCGAUUCUGUUUGCAAAUUUCAAUUUCAAUGGCGUCCAGCGGCGAAACUGCGCGGGAGUCAAUCGAUGCGAGAUCGGAUAAUCAGAAACAGCAGCAGAAGAAGAAGAACAGAGCUGGCGCGGAAGACCUCCAAAUCGAGGGCUAUCCAAUCGGGGGAUUGUCGAUCGCGGGGCACGAGACUUGCGUGAUUAUGCCGUCUCUCAACUUGGCGUUUGAUAUUGGCAAGUGCCCCCAGCGCGCCAUUUCGCAGCAGUUCCUCUUCAUCUCCCACGGCCAUAUGGACCACAUUGGAGGACUACCAAUGUACGUUGCUACACGUGGCUUAUACAGAAUGGCUCCACCAACGAUCAUCGUGCCAAAAGUUAUCAAGGAAAGUGUGGAAAAGCUUUUUGAAGCGCACAUGGCCAUGGAUCAUUCCGAACUUGAGCAUACUCUGGUUGGUCUAGAUGUGGGCGAAGAGUUUUGUGUAAGAAAGGACUUGAAAGUGAGAGCUUUUAAAACUUACCAUGUUAUUCCAAGCCAGGGAUACAUAGUUUAUUCUGUGAAACAAAAACUCAAGCAGGAAUAUUCUGGGCGACCUGGAGCUGAGUUAAAAAGUCUGAGGCUGUUAGGUGUCGAGAUUACAAACACAUACACAACACCUGAAAUUGCAUUUACGGGGGACACUAUGUCAGAUUUCAUUACUGAUGUAGACAAUGCCGAUGCUUUGAGGGCAAAGAUUCUCAUUAUGGAGAGCACAUACGUGGAUAAUUUAUGCACUGUGGAGAAUGCAAAAGAUUAUGGACAUACUCAUUUGUCCGAGAUAAUUAGUCAUGCAGAUAGGUUUGAGAACAAAGCAAUUCUUCUUAUUCACUUUUCUGCUCGGUAUCAAUUGGAUGUCAUUGAAAACGCCCUUUCUGCACUCCCACCUCCUUUGUCUGGGCGAGUUUUUGCCCUCACAAAUGGUUUCUGAUGAAGGUCACGAGCUAUAAACUCAUGUGUGCAUGAAUCAUAUCUGAGAUCUAACAUUAUAGUUUUGGAUUACAAGCACCUCGGCUUCAGAGAACACACAGGUUCCACUUUGUCGUUCUUUAAAGAUCCCAGUUAAGAAGACGAAAAUCUGUGACCAAAGUUGUUCCAGCUAUGUAUGAGUUUCUCUGCGGGUCACUAUGAAUCAAGUUUGUUCGAAAAAUGUUGUUUUUAUACGUCAAAUGUUUGUUGUAUCGAGUCUUCAGAGGCAUAGUUGCAAUGUUCUGAUAAAUUUUGUAGGAUAUUUUGUUUGAGAUUUUAUCAAAUAUAUAGCCUGUGAUCCGCAGAACAAAGCAUUAACUGCCUCUGCGGUAUUCCACCCGAAAAUUUAAUCGACAAGAAAAAUCUGUCGCCAAAUUUGAAAA